AUGAAGGCAAUUGGUCUCCCAAUCCUUGCUGCCAGUCUUCUGGCGACAAGCUCACUCGCUCUCGAACCAAUUACUAUAAAAGGUUCCAAAUUCUUCCAUGCGGAUGGUUCUCAAUACUUCAUGAAAGGAAUUGCGUACCAACGUUCUCCAUUUGAUCCACUUCUUGACAAGAAGCAAUGUCAGUUGGAUGCCGACCUCAUGAAACAGCUUGGUGCGAAUGCAAUUCGUGUCUACCACGUCGAUCCGGAUGGGAACCACGAUGACUGUAUGAAGAUAUUCGAGGAUAUUGGUGUUUAUGCCUUUAUCGACCUUGACACUUUCCAUACCUAUAUCGAGCAGGAUGGACCUCCACACUGGAACGAAACCCAGUUGACCGAAUACACCAAAGUUUUGGAUAAUCUCGCUGGUUAUUCAAACCUUGGAGGUGUCUUCGUUGGUAACGAGAUCAUCACCAGGUCUAAUGGAUCUUUUGCUGCCCCGUAUAUCAAAGCCGCUGUGCGAGAUAUCAAAGCGUACAUGGAAGAAAAGAAGUUCGCUCGAAAAAUUCCGACUGGGUAUUCAGCAGCAGAUAUCGCUGAGUUGCGUCCCAAUCUCCAAAACUACCUUGCUUGUGGAGAUGACUCGUCCGUCAACGUCGACUUCUUCGGCCUUAAUGCCUAUGAAUGGUGUGGUGAAGCUACUGACUACCAUGUCUCCGGCUAUGACAUGCUCAAUAAGAACGCUACCGACUAUCCCGUACCCAUUUUCUUCUCUGAGACCGGCUGCAAUGUUCCGACACCAAGAGAUUUCAAGGAUCAAUUCGCAAUCUUUGGUCCCGAAAUGCGAGACGUUUGGUCCGGUGCGAUAAUCUACGAAUGGAUUCAAGAAGACAAUAACUACGGCCUCGUCGACUAUGGUCGAGCAGACCCCAAGACAGCGAUCGGCGGUGAUACUUGGGCUCGCGGUGGAAAACCCACCCCUCUCCCAGACUUCACCGUUCUAAAAUCCGUCUGGUCCUCUGUUACCCCAUCCGGAAUCUCAAAGGACAAAUACACUUCUACUAACGGUCCAAUAUCUUGUCCUGCAUCCACAUCCGGUAUCUGGAACGUCGACCCUACCUCUGCAUUGCCGACAUUGGGACAAACAGCUGUCUUCGCCGAAGCCUCUGGGGACCCGGUAGAGAGGGACAGUACCGCGACCACUAGUACCGGAGCUCCUGCGGAGACUUCGAGGCCCAAUUCCGCGGGUAAAGUGGUGGUUGUCUUGAAUAGUUGCUUUAUGGCCGCAGUUCUUGCUGUGGCUGUAUUGCUCUGA